AAAAAAAAAAAAAAAAAAAAAGAGGAAGCAGAAAACAUCACAGCUUCAUGCUUCUUCCGUGAUUCACAGAUGCCCUGCUUCGGAUUUAUUCGUUUUAUGAAGCGGUAAUAUAAUCUCGACUGGCUGAGGUGACUGCCUUUUUAAAUAAAUAUUUUUGAGCAACCAUGUUGACCUUUAAUUGAGGGCUGUAAGGUUUAAUCGUCGGUGCUGGCAGGACCGCUAUGCCUGGUUCUCGUGGACUCUUAAGUACCCAGAGGCAAUGUGGAAAAUUAAGAUGUUCUGGUUUCAAGGAAAUAGCAUGCAACUUGCCAAACACUCCUUUCAACUGCUGUUGAGAAAUCUAUCUGCCCCUGAGACUGCUCUGCCUGUGCUAACCUUAUUCACAAAGGAUCCGUGCCCCCUUUGUGAUGAAGCCAAGGAAGUACUGGAGCCUUAUAAAAACAGGUUUAUUUUACAGGAGGUGGACAUCACACUUCCAGAAAACUCUGCUUGGUAUGACAGGUAUAAAUUUGACAUCCCCGUCUUUCAUUUGAAUGGCCAGUUUCUGAUGAUGCAUCGAGUAGACAUCUCAAAACUUGAAAAACAGCUCCAGAAACUUGAGCAGCAAGGUGCGGGAGGCUGAUGAAUGCCCUCAUGAUUUUCUACCCUCUCUGUCCGGAACUCAUUUUCCUGAGGAAAUGACUGUGGCCUCAUGCUCCUUUUGUCACUUUCACACAGUUCUAAGGAUGUUCUGAACUCAGUGGUGCCAAAUAAAUGGUAAUAUUCCUCUUGUGAUUAAUGGAAGUACCAAUGUGGGAACUGUUUACCUGUUGGCAUUUUAUAAAAUAAGAGGAGUGUAUUGGCAGGGAGGGGAUGAUGGAAGGCAGGAGAAAUCUACUUGUUUUUUUAAUUUUUCUCCUUUGUAUUAAUAUGGAAGCAUUUCACAUUCACUGGACAGAGCCGUUUAUAGGAAAAAUGCUCUGUGUCCCUGUUGCUGCCCUAAGGGCUUAACAUUUUAAUGAAAGAAUAAAUGUUCUUCCACUUGGUGGAUAAAGUGAAAUGUGAAUUGUUAAUAACUGUGCACAGUCAAUAAAAGGAUGUUUGUACAAAUACAUCUGCAUGACGUCUAUCUCAGAGGAAUUUAAUAAUACCUGUUUAAAAUUAGAGCUCACUUUUUUUGGAUAGAAGAGAAUAAUUAUCCUAGCCAAAGACACUUCAUUUGAGAAAAACAAAAGACUUAAACCCCAAAAUGUAUGUAAGAAUCUCAAUGUGCUUUACAGGUAGUCAGUAAACUGAUUUGUAAUACUUGAGU